AUAAUUAUGUUAUAUUAUUUUUUAUUUAAAAGUGUUUAUUUUUUGCACUAGAAUAAUUGCAACAACACACGGGAUAACUGGAUAACCUGCUAUCGAUUUACGUAAUAUAAUAUCAUAAAUAGCGUUAUCAAAGAUAUACCUAUCCACAGACCAGAUUAUGUGGACUGAAACUCCGUAGAAAAUCGUGCAACUUGGCCUUAAUAAAUUGAUUACCUAUAUUCUUAGUUCCAUAAUAUCACUUGCACCUAUAGGUUAUAAUAUAAUAACACCUGUUACCUAUGUAUUGUCUUUUUGUAUUCAGAUAAUAUAUUUUGGUUUCUAUGUCUCGUAAGUUAAAUUUAUAAAUAUCCUUCUUAUGGGCGCAAUUUCAAUGAAAAAGUUGGGGGUGUUGAAACCCCUCUAUCCAAAUUUUUUCAUCAUGAUAACCUUAAUAGUUAUAGUCUUAUGGAUACCUGUUACUAAAUUUCUAAAUUAAUAUGAACAAAUUUGAAGUUCUAGGCCUCCCUAAAUUGCGCCUAUGACCCCCUCUCACCAUGACAUAUAAAACUCGCUUUUCUUCUCGAGUAUACGUUAGUUCUGAAAACGAUAUUAGAAUUUUAGAUAGUAUGGUUAUGGUUGUGGAAUGAGCAAUGUUAAUUACAUUUACCUACUCGUACGAUUUGUAGUUGUCAUUGCUUUCCACCUGUCACUUACUAGUUAGUAGGAAAUCAAAACUUUUUUUACCCGGUUUGUGCAUAGAUAAUUAUAAUUCCGCUAAAUUUUGAAAUUACCCUAACUGUAGAACUUGACCACAGUCGUAAAUAAAUAAGAAGGGUCUUUAAAUCGUUGAAAUAGUACCGAUACUUAUAAAAAUUUAAUAAAUCGAAUACCUAGUAUAAAUGUAUAUUAUAAUAUAAUUACGGUAAUUUAAUGUAGCAUAAGAGAUAGUACAGUUGACUGCCACCGACAGCGCUCCAUGUUGACUUUUUUUUUAAAAAAAGAACGUUCGAUCACUCCAUCCCUCCUUAUCACUGCCCGUUCCAUAACAUUACCAUUUACCAUACCGUCUAUGACCGUGGGCAUGAAUACCUACCAAGCGCCGAAACUUCAGACAUAAUAUUCAUAUUAUUAUAAUACUCUAGGUCUGUAGCUAUUAUACCUAUAACAUUAUAUUAUACCUGUUCAUAAUAUUGUGUGUUUGGAGUUGUAGUUAAAUAGAAGUGGUUUUCCGUCGAGUGGCGACAUCUACAAUGAACUAACCGGUUAUAUGCAUGCUGAUCACCCUUUCACGAUUAUAAUAUUAUUAUUAUUACUGCGUUAGUGCGUUACUGACCUACUUAACGAUUGUUUCCAUAUUGUAGACGGUUUCAGAUUUUGAUUAAUUGAAUACAAAUUAGAAAAACAUAGUUAAAUUUGAUUUUUUUUUUAUAUUUUCUUUAGUAAAUAAUUGAGUUGAUUGUUUAUCGAUUUAAUAAUAUUGUGAAGGUUAUACAGCUGUAUAUGGGUAUUUAUGUAUUGCAUUGGAGACGUCUAAUGUAUAAUCGAGAAUAAUUCAGAGUUUAAUUUUCGAACGACAAAAAUAUAAAAUUUGCGUGUGGUUAAAAUGUCAACGUAUUACAUAUUAUUUUGUGUAAUUCUGUAAUUGGUAGUCAAGUUGUACCAUUCCCAGAAAAAACUCAAAAUAUCAAGUUGAUUAUUCAAAGUUAAGUAAAACAAAAUGGAUAAGAGACUAUACAAUAUAAGCCUGUUAGGCUUAUCUUUCACGUUUCUUUUUGCGGCGUAUCAGUCAAUGGGAAAUAUCGAAAAAACUUUACUGAGAAGUGUCCAAAAUGACUAUCCUUCAUUUACUGGCGAUGGCUAUACUAGUUUGUCAAUUAGCUAUUUUGUGUUUGGGUUGGCUAAUUGGAUUUCUCCAUCAGUUGUCAAUCUUACAGGAUGUAAGAUAGCUAUGAUUAUUGGCGCAAUUUGUUACACUAUGUUUUUAGUAUCAUUUCUCUGGUUGUCUUCAUUUUUAUUGUAUCUUAUGUCUGCGGUACAAGGUAUCGGUGCUGCAAUUCUUUGGACAGCACAAGGAACAUACUUAACAUUAAACUCUGAUUCUUCUACGAUGUCUAGAAACACUGGAAUAUUUUGGACGAUAUCGAAUAUAAGUAUGCUUUUAGGAAAUGCAUUUGUGUUCUAUGCUCUUCAAGAUAAAAAUGAUUUUGAUGUAUCAACCCGAAGAUUUAUAUACACUGUGCUCAUAGCUACAAGCGUAUUUGGAACAUUAUUAUUUUUACUUUUACGAUCCCCCGUAAACCUAGAAGGAACAGUGAACGAACGAGUAGAAACAAUAAGUUUUAUUCAGCAAAUCAAAUAUACCAAGUCGCUUUUUUUAACCAAAGACAUGCGUUUAUUAAAUGUAACAUUUUUUUUUACAGGUUUACAUUUGUCUUUCUAUGCUGGUGUCUAUAGUUCAAGUAUUGGAUUUACUGAAAGAAUGGGUUCUAAUAGAAAACAGCUCGUGGGAUUAUCCGGACUAUUAAUUGGUUGCGGCGAGAUUCUAGGAGGUUUGCUAUUCGGUAUUUUUGGCCAAAAGACUUUUGACAACAACACUACCUCGAAAGGAUUAAGUCAUUCAGCAGUAAUUGCAUUAGGUUUUAUCAUAAAUAUUGUUGCAUAUGGUUUGAUAUUUAUAAAUUUACCUGACGACUCACCAUUUGGUGAUACAAUUGCCAAAUCGUUUAUUAAUCCCAACCAAAGUCUAGCCAUGUUCUGCGGCUUUCUUCUGGGUUUUGGCGAUAGUUGUAUCAAUACCCAACUUUACAAUAUAAUUGGACUAAAGUAUUCUGAAAAUAGUGCGCCACCCAUGGCAUUGUACAAUUUUGUGCAGUCGAUAGCAGCUGCUGCAAGUUUUUAUUAUAGCAAUUAUUUUGGAAUAUAUGUCCAACUAAUAUUAUUAAUGGUAUCAUUAACUAUGGGUACUUUAUCAUUCUUUAAAGUAGAAGAAUCUACUGAUAAAAGAUAUUACGAAGCAUUAUAAAAAUUGAAUGUUCGUUAAGUGAAAUUAUUUGAACCAUCACUGUACGACAAGUUAUCUACCUAUUUAAUUUCUUUCAUAAUACGUAAAGAAAUAUAUGACUUUUAUGCAUACCUAGUCUGUAAUAAAAAUACAAAUCUCAAAUUUGUCAUACCAAAGAUAUUAGUAGGUACAUAAUAUUUCAUAGAAUUAUUAUAUUUUAUUGUAUUAAAUAAAACAAAAAAUGUUUAUAAAAUACUAAAAAUAUAUAUAUACUAUUCAAUGUUGUAUGGAAAUUAAUUUAUAUUUUUGACUUAAAAUUUUAAAUUGUAUAGUACCUAUAAUAAUAGCUAGUAAUAGUAUAAUAUGUGUAGUACACCUAUUUAUUGAAAAUAAUUAGUCAUAUUUCUCUUUAUCUAAAUCAUAAGCAUUCAAUUCAUAAUAAAAGUAACUAUGUUGCCUACUUGCCUAGUCAUUAUCAGAUAAUAUUAGAUAAUAUUGAAAUAUUGAGAAACAAAAUAAUUUUGUAUAAAAUACGAGUAUAUGAUAAAUUUAAAAUUAUGUUAACAAAUUUAAGAUUAGAUUUUUAGUUAUACACUAAUAAUGUAUAUCAUUUUAUUAUUAAUGUAUAAAUAUUAUAUCAAACGUCCCGAAAAAAAAUUGUAAUCGAUGUAUUUUUAUUUAUUUACGUUAAAUGUGUUGUUUUAUAAACAACGAAACGAUUUGAAAUGCUUAACAAUUACAUUCAAUUUAUGGAAAUUGUUAAUACACAUAAAUUAUGACUGAAUGAAUAUAAUUUAAGCCUAUAUAUUUAUAGAAUAUAUUAAUCAUACAAAUAGGUUUAACAAAUUGGUUUUGUUUUAUAAUCAACAUCAACAUACCAUUUAAAAACAACCAAUUUUAAAAAGAAAAUACCUACUGUAAGUUUGAUAGUUAAAAUUAAAUAAUAAGACAUUAAAUUUUAGAUAAAUCGAUAAAAUUUGUUUUGUAUAAUUUAAUAUACUACAUUUUAUUAUACAAUUGAUUUCGUGUGAAGCGAUAAAUGCAUUUAUAUUUUAUACUGAUGUAUUUUUAAUUAUUAUUAUUUUUUGUGCUCUUCAUUAUUUAUUACAGGAACAAAACUGAUUAGAAUUUUGAUGUUGAGGGUGGUUUCUGAUAAAAAAUUAAAUCUAUUUGAUAAUCUUGGAAAUAGUUAUAGAUAAAACACUUAAACUUAGUUCAAUUUCGCAUAAGAGUUAAGCUGCUCGUUAACGAUCUUUAAAAACCAAUUACCAAGUAUACUUAUUAAUUAUUAUAUACAUAUUAUGUCGGGCGUCCGGGAAUUGGGCCACAUUUUAACUACUUGUUUUGUGUAAAAUAUUUGUUAACAUUUUUCUACCCGGAGAUUGGGCCACAAAUUAAAUCUAUAUUUUUAAAGUGUACCCGGAGAUUGGGCCAUAAAAGUAUAGCACACAAAUAUACUAUUAAUACGAAUAUAAUAUAAUGUUUAAUAACUAAUUAUUACUUUUUUAACAUAUAAAAAUACAAUUCGUCAAAUAUUUUAUUUAUUUUUUAAAUACUUCUAUACAAAUUUAACUAAUUUAGUAUACAACAAGGUCCAUAAAAUUAGUCAAAUAUGAAAUAAUUUUUAUAAAGAAUGCCAAUACUCAUUUUACAAAUAAAAUAUAAGGACCAUAAAGUUAGUCAAAAAAUAAAUAAUAUGAAAAAAUCAUUUUCUAAUAGGUACAUAAAAAUAUAAUACAAAACAUUUAGAUCCAUUAAGUCAGACGAAUAAUAAAUUAUAUUAUUUAAUAAUAAUUUUUUUCUAAUAUAAUAUUUAAAAAUAGAAUUUUUUUUUUAAAUAACAUGAUACAGAUUGUACAUAUUCAAAUCGGGUUUUUUCCCCUUCUUCAUAUUUUUUAAUUUCAUUAAGAAUAAAAUUUUGUCGAACUAAAGUUCGUUUUUUUGUUUUUAUUGUCCUAUACUUCUAAUCUUAAUAUAACUUCUGAUUGAAAUUGCAAUAAAACAUUUUAAAAAUUAUGUAUAUUAGGAUGUGACAUAUAGAAAUUAUUUUUGAAAUGUGAAUGAAAAGACUCGGCGGCAUUUGUAGUUCGAGUCAGGUUUCAUAAUCUUUGCACACUACGCGUAUGACUAUUUUUAUCUAUUUCAUUUAUGACAAUUGAUGAUAAUUCUAUAUCAUAAGAUAUUGGAUAAUUUAUUACCUUUUGAUAAGGCAUACGCAAUCUCUUCGAGUAAAGUUUCGUGUGCGCUGCAGUAUUAGGAAUUGUAUCAAUUUAUAUAAAAAGAUAUAUUAUUUUAUUACAAUUUAAAAUAUAAUAGUGGCUCAAUCACCGGGUCUGCCUAUUAUAAAUAUUAAAUUUUAGUGGCCCAAUUACCGGGCCUAUCUGUAAUAAAUAUAAAAUUUUAGUGGCCCAAUUACCGUAUACCUUUGGAAAAAAAGGCGAAUUGUGGCCCGAUUCCCGGGCGCCCAUUAUGUCAUCCUUAAUUAAAACAUUAAGUUAUUAAAAUUUAUAUAAUAGAUUUAUUACUUCAAAGUACAAUAUAAUAAUAUUUUAUAUGUUUUUAAAUUUUAAAUGUAGUUUAACCUUUUGUGAACAAUAAUAAUAUUCACAUCA